UACCAACUCGCUUCCCACACUUGCCGCCAUCACCGGGAAAUUAAUCAAACCAACUGAUCAAAUCGCAAAUGGACAGCGACUCGCUCGACUCGCCGACGCUUCCCCGCCGAUCGGCGUCCGACGAAGAAGUCUGCUACGCCACGGUCUCGUCUGCGCCGCCGAAGCGCCGGGCCGGCCGCACCAAGUUCCGGGAGACGCGCCACCCGGUGUUCAAAGGCGUCCGGCGCCGGAACGGCGACAAGUGGGUGUGCGAGGUCCGGGAGCCCAACAAGAAGUCCCGAAUUUGGCUCGGCACCUUCCCCACCGCCGAGAUGGCUGCCCGCGCGCACGACGUCGCCGCCAUCGCCCUCCGCGGCCGCGCCGCCUGCCUCAACUUCGCCGACUCCGCCUGGCUCCUCCCCUCCCCGGACUCCUCCAGUCCCAUCGACAUCCGCAAGGCCGCCGCGCUCGCCGCCGAGGCCUUUCGUCCCAACUCCACUCCCUCCACCGCCCUCGCCCCAGCCGCCGCCUCCGCCGCCGCCGCCGAUCCCUCAACCUCAUGGGCCCAUGCCGGGCCGUCCUCGACGCCCGCCAGCGACCCGCUCUUCGACGACGGCGACUUCAAUUUCGGGAUGCAGGAGUACCUGGACAUGGCGGAAGGCUUAUUAAUCGGACCUCCGCCGCCGCCGCCGGCACCGGCCAAUGAUGAGGACUACGACGACGUGUCCCUGUGGAGCUACUCCAUCUGAAAAGUACUACUUGGAUCCUUUACUGCUACCACUACACACACGCACUGUAGCAUAAAUAAAAACAGAGUGUCUUCAGUGACAGAGUUCAGUUUGGAUUGUUAUAAUUUGGAAAUCCAAACAUUGUAAUGCUUGUAAUCACCCGGGCCGAUAACGGUUCGGUCAAUAGUUUCGAUAAAAUGAAACUCCUGGUAAAUUUUAAAGUUUAUAAAUAAACCGAAUCGAAUCGGAUUGAAUCAUA